AACCAACUCACCUCCCCCUAUCAUUCCCGCCGUAGCCCACCGGAUGUUAGAUUAAUUGCUGAAUCCGCUCGCAAUUUCGCAACCCUAAUCCAAAUUGGGGUUUCAGCUCGAGUGCGAGGCAAGGUUACGAUUUACAGAGGUCACCAGUAGACAGGUACGAUGGCCAGGUUUUGAGAAGACGGAGCACAUACAAGACUCGUCUUUUAUUUUGAUUGUAUUUUUGGUGUCUUAUUACAUUGAAAGAACACACAUGUAUUAAAACUUUACUUUUAAUGCAAUGGAUGAUGUUGUUGCUUGUUUACUACUUUACACUGUUGUGAUACUGUACAUGACGUCCUCUACCCCUGAACGUUUCCGCCGUUCUCGGUUUUGGGGUGUGACAGAUUGGUAUCAGAGUAUUGUUUAUAGUGAAUAUAGUAUAUCAACCCAUAAAAGAUAUACUAACUAUAAAUACAUUGGGAUUAAAACACUCUGUCUAAGAGUUUAUACUUCUAAAUAAUAAGAUAUUUAAGUAAGUAUACGUGCCUGCAUUCAUACUAAAAUCAGUGUCACAAUGACAAGAACAAAAGUGUUACGAUUGUUGAAUAUCACAAGUAAGUCUGGGGAUAUAUGGUCAGUCUUGGGAAUGGCAUAGCCUGAUCAACUAUGCUGGUCCAAGGAGUGAUUAGCAUAUGCCCAAGAAUGGUUGUGAUGUGGCAACAAGUUUAAAAACUUACCAACACAACCAUAAAGAAAUACCAUAGGGGUAUUUGAUCUUACUGUAAUUAUCGUAGUUAGUUCGUCUAUUUGGCUAUUUCUUAUAUCCCUUUUCUCGCAUAGAUAUUAAUGGCUGGAUUUCAUCACGGCGAUCCGUACUUCCCAAACCAAGGCAAUGCUGGAUGGCUAGAGAAAGAACCAGAAGAUGAUCACCCAAUCCCUUUGGAUGAUCACCAUGCUGAGGGUUUUUCCGAUAGUUCAGACUCAGAGCCUGAAGUCAACAACCUACCCCCAGUUGCUCAGGACCCAAACCUGAACCCCCGUCCCGCUUUCAAGGACCCACACCUCUGUGGGCCACUAACUUGAAUACAUGGAGUCAUGAAUAGGGUCAACCCAUUCCUUACAACGGAGACAGAAGUUUCUACAACCUCACUGAAGGAGGUUCUGCUGACAGGGUCCUACCCAUCAUGGUUCGUAGAAUUUCUAGGAACACAAUACUGGGUCAAUCAACUAUCAAUCGAGUCUUAGAGAUCGACGCCAACUCGGGCGUUAACACUGUCCACAUUUUCCAACUAGAGUCUGCUCAUGAAAGGACUCUGGACCGCAAUGUAGCUCUGCAGAGGGAACUUGCUGAAACUCAAGCCAAAGUUAGGGAACUUCAAGCUCAGCAAGUAAAAGCUGAAAGGCGUAUGAGGGGCAUAGAACGCCUGCUGUCGGGAUCAAGAACUCAUGCUAGCAGUUCUCGUCGCCGAUAGAAUCUCGACAACUCAUCUUUUGGAUAUAACCUAGUUUAUGUAAAAACUUUGGUCUAAUUUCCUAUCUUUGUAAAUCUUAGACCUGUUAGGUCUUGAUCUAGUCAUAGUUCUGUCAAAAUUUUCCUAUCUUGGUUGAUGUAAGGCCUACUUAUAGGCCAUUUUUCCCGAACUUAUUACAUCUGUAAUCCCAGUAUUAAUGACAAAUAUCUAUUCAUAUGGGAAAUUUGUAUCCAAAUGCUAUCACCUUCAUUUAACUACUAUUCAUUUUGUUGUUGGACUAUGGAGAGUUAGUCCAUGAGACACAUUCAUUAUUCAUUUAUUCUUAUCCAUGUCGUCAUCUUUUAAACGUAUAGUUAAAGAUGCCGCUACGCAGGAAUCCCAGGCGUAACCCAAACAACGCAACAUCGAUACCACCACCUCCACCACCACCUCAACCUCCUCAACCACCUUCUCCUUUCGAUGGCACUAUGUUCCAGGCAGCCUUCACAGCAGCAGUAGCAGCUGCUGUGUCAGCCAUCAAUGUUCCUGUCCCUAGUGGAUCGGGAACAUGUGCACCUCCCUCAAACCACGGUAAAAGCCAUGGACAUCCCCGUGAAUGCACCUAUAAGGACUUCACGAAUGCCAAACCCCACAACUUCAAUGAAACUGGUGGGGUUAUGGUGUUAAGGCAAUGUAUUGAAAAGAUGGAAUCUGUCUUUGAAAUCUGUGCUUGCCAGGAGGGCAACAAGGUCAAGUUUGCAGCUUGUACCUUCUCUGACAGAGCACUAACAUGGUGGGACGGCCAUGUUAAGUAUCUGACUUUAGUGGUGGCAUAUUCCAUCAGCUGGGAACACUUGAAGGACAUGCUGAUGAGAGAGUACUGUCCUCGAGGUGAAGUACAAAAACUCGAGCAGGAACUCUGGGGUCUACAAAUGCUUGGAUCCGACAUAUCAACCUACACAAAUAGGUUUUGUGAUCUGGUAAUCCGAUGCCCUGAUAUGAUUGCUAUCGAAAGCAAGAAGAUAGAGAGAUAUAUCUGGGGACUGUCGCCCCAGAUCCAGUCAAGUGUGUUAGCUUCCAAGCCUGUCACCUUCGAUAGUGCCAAGGAACUGGCACAAUCUCUCAUAGAUCACGGGAAACCACAUAACCAAAUAACCCCUGAACCCGUACCACAGAAGGGCAACAACAACAAGAAAGGGUGGAACAAGAGGAAAAGAGGGGCUUCACAAGAAUCCUCCAAGAGACAACAACUUGUGGCAAUCAAUGCUGCCACGAUAACUCCCGUUGUCCCUGCGAACCCCUUACCAACAAAAACUUAUGCUGGAACUCUCCCGAAGUGCAACAAAUGCAGCUUCCACCACCACGGACCUUGCAAGGAGAUGCAGUGCUCUAACUGCAACAGGAAGGGGCAUACAGCCCGUUACUGCAAGACUCCAAUAGCUCAGGCCGCCCAGGUUCCUAACGCCGGUAUGGGCUAAGCUUGCUUUGGUUGUGGCGAAGUGGGCCACUACAAGAGGAACUGACCUAAAGCGGGGAUGGCUGGAGGAGUAGGAAGAGUCAUGGCCUUGGGCUACGAGGAAGCGGUAGCUGAUCCUACGAUAGUUACUUGUACGUCUCUCCUCGAUAACUCAUAUGCUUGCAUACUUUUCGACAGUGGAGUAGAGAAAAGUUUCGUAAGUCAUAAAUUUGCACACCUGCUUAAACAAAAACCAUGUGCAUUAGAUAAUUCAUUCACGGUAGAAAUGGCUAACGGGAAAACGGAGAGUACUAACUGCAUAUACGUAGGUUGUACUUUAACUUUAGAUGGCCAUACUUUCAAGAUAGACCUCAUGCCGGUCCCAAUUAAAUGUUUCGAUGUUAUCAUCGGUAUGGAUUGGUUGAGUCUUCUUCGCGCUGACAUCUUGUGCUUUGAAAAAGCAGUUCGUAUUAACCUUCCUAACAACGAAACAUUAGUUAUCUACGGCGACAAACCUAGUACGAGCCUUCGCAUCAUUUCGUGCAUUCAAGCCCAGAAGUGCUUGUGAAAGGAAUAUCAUGCAUUUCUCGCACACGUCGUCGAUACGAGUCAAGAAAUGAAAGACAUUCAGAACAUCCCAGAAGUACGCAACUUUCCCGACAUCAUCCCAGAAGAACUUCCCGGUUUACCACCACAACGGCAAGUCGAGUUCAGGAUCGACUUAGUGCCAGGAGCUACUCCCCUAGCCAAAUCUCCUUAUCAUCUGGCACCGGCCGAGAUGCAGGAACUUUCCAGUCAACUUAACGAACUUCUCAAGAAGGGAUUCAUUAGGCCAAGCUUCUCACCAUGGGGAGGGAGCACCGGUCUUGUUCGUCAAGAAGAAAGAUGGAUCGUUUCGCAUGUGCAUCGACUAUAGAGAACUCAACAAGCUUACCAUUAAAAAUCGUUAUCCUUUGCCCCGCAUAGACGAUUUAUUUGAUCAACUUCAAGGACCCAACUACUUCUCGAAGAUAGAUCUAAGAUCCGGAUAUCACCAACUACGAGUGCUAGAGGAGGAUGUUCCCAAGACAGCCUUCCGAACUCGUUAUGGACACUAUGAGUUUGUAGUGAUGUCGUUCGGAUUAACUAACGCGCCUGCAGUAUUCAUGGAUCUGAUGAAUAGGGUGUGUCGUCCUUACUUGGAUCAGCUCGUCAUCGUCUUCAUUGAUGACAUACUCAUCUACUCUCGAAGUAAGGAGGAACAUAGUCAACAUCUCCAUAGAGUCUUAGAAACAUUGCUAGCGGAGAAGCUCUAUGCAAAGUUCUCCAAGUGCGAAUUUUGGAUCCGACGAGUCGAAUUUUUGGGCCAUGUUGUUAGCGAAGCAGGAAUACACGUGGACCCUUCCAAAAUCAAAGCCAUUGAGAACUGGUUAGCACCGAAGACACCUACAGAAAUUCGUCAAUUUCUAGGUCUCGCUGGCUACUAUUGCAGGUUCAUUCAGAACUUCUCCCGCAUAGCGAAACCUCUUACAACCCUGACCCAGAAAGGCGUGGCCUUUGACUGGGAAGAGAAACAAGAAAGAGCGUUCCAAACGCUCAAGCGAGCCUUGUGCACCACACCAAUACUAUCCCUCCCCAAAGGGAUAGAAGACUUCGUUGUCUAUUGCGAUGCAUCAAAUCAAGGACUCGGAUGUGUUCUGAUGCAGCGAGGUAAAGUCAUAGCCUAUGCCUCGAGACAGCUGAAGACACAUGAGGUUAACUACACCAUCCAUGAUCUUGAGCUAGGAGCAGUUGUGUUUGCUCUGAAGAUCUGGAGACACUACCUAUAUGGUACAAAAAGCACGAUCUUUACAGACCACAAGGGUCUACAACACAUUUUCGACCAGAAGAAGCUCAACAUGAGACAACGACGGUGGGUCGAGCUACUCAGUGAUUACGAGUGCAAAAUUCGUUAUCAUCCGAGUAAAGCCAAUGUAGUAGCCGACGCCCUAAUUUGGAAAGAAUAUGCUGGUCGUAGAGUCAAAUCUAUGACUCUAACUAUCCAUUCACACUUGUCCACGCAAAUUAAGGAGGCUCAGCUCGACGCUUUGAAACCUGAAAAUGUGGCAGGUGAAUCCCUUAGAGGGAUAGAUAAGAACUUGGAAGUCAAGGGUGGCGGAGCCUUAUACCUCAUGGAUCGGAUCUGGACACCGAAACAUGGUGGCUUCAGAGAAUUGGUCAUGACCGAGGCUCACAACACUCGUUAUUCCGACCACCCAGGUUCAGAUAAGAUGUAUCUGGAUCUUAAAAAGUUAUACUGGUGGCCUAACAUGAAAGCAGAUAUUGCUACCUUCGUAAGUAAGUGCCUUACUUGCGCGAAGGUGAAUGCCGAAUACCAGAAACCCUCCGGUCUUCUUCAGCAACCGGAGAUACCAGAAUGGAAGUGGGAGCGGAUCACUAUGGACUUCAUAACCAGGUUGCCCAAGACGAUGGGUGGACUUGAUUCCAUAUGGGUCAUCGUCAAUAGACUGACCAAGUCUGCACACUUCUUGCCAAUCAAAGAAACAGACAAGAUGGAGAAACUUACAAGAACUUACAUUAGGGAGAUUGUAAGACUGCACGGUGUUCCCUUAUCUAUUAUCUCGGACAGAGAUAGUAGAUUCACUUCGAGGUUCUGGCAGUCGUUACAAAGUUCCCUAGGAACUAGGCUGGACAUAAGUACAACCUACCAUCCACAGACUGACGGGCAAAGUGAGAGAACUAUCCAAUCCUUGGAAGCUAUGUUGCGAGCGUGUGUGAUAGACUUUGGGAAAGCUUGGGAUACCCAUUUACCCCUUGUCGAAUUUUCCUACAACAACAGUUAUCACACGAGCAUAAAAGCAGCUCCAUUCGAGGCCCUCUAUGGUCGAAAGUGCAGAUCCCCUUUGUGCUGGGCUGAGGUGGGUGAUACCCAGUUAGCUAAGGGACGAGUUCCCGAAAGCACUCUCACGGGUCCGGAGAUCAUUCGGGAAACAACAGAGAAUAUCGUUCAGAUUCGUGAACGAUUGAAAGCCUUUAGAGACCGACAAAAAAGCUACGCUGACAAGCGAAGGAAACCGUUGGAAUUCCAGGUGGGCGACCGAGUUCUACUGAAGGUCUCACCCUGGAAAGGCUUGAUACGCUUCCGAAAGCGUGGGAAGCUCAAUCCAAGAUACAUUGGGCCUUUCUAGAUUCUCGCAAGAAUCGGCCCCGUAGCUUACAAACUCAAUCUACCGCGUGAACUCAGUAACAUACAUUCUACCUUCCACGUAUCGAACUGGAAAAAGUGUUUGUCCGACAAGACUCUUGUUAUUCCACUCGACGAGAUCGAGAUAAAUGAGAGCCUCAACUUCGUGGAGGAACCAGUAGAGAUAAUGGACCGAAAAGUCAAGCAAACGAAACAAAGCCGUAUUCUGAUAGUGAAGGUUCGCUGGAACGCAAAACGGGGACCUGAAUUCACUUGGGAACGAGAGGAUCAGAUGAAACAGAAAUAUCCUCAUCUUUUUCCUUAGUUAUUUGUAAAUACUUUAUUUGCUUAGACUUUAAUUUCGGGAUGAAAUUCCCUUUAACGGGGGAAAAAUGUGACAACCCGAAAUUUUCAUUCGGUCAAACCUUACAAGUCAAUCACUUUUUAUUAUAAGUCAAUGUCAUUAUUUCUUAUUUUAACAAAUUUAGAGUUCGUUUGAUUAUUUUAAUAAUAUUCUUUAAAUGAACGGGUGUAAGAAAGUGCCGUCUUGGGUUUUGAAAUUUAAAAACCGCAAACACCUCGCGUCUUAGAAGUUCCCAGCCAAAAUAUUUUGUCUGGGUCGAAAAAUCAUCCCAAAAUCCGUAAACUCAUGCUUAUCCAUGAGUUUACUCCCUAAGUCUAGUCAAUGAUGAGUUUACUGCCCAUUUAUCCAAAAGAGUAAACUCAAGGAAACCUCUCAAGUAGCAAACUAGUAACAAUUCAAGAACUUCAAAGUUGUAAGUGUUCUAUCCAUUCCAAGUUGAUUAAACACUUAAUCUAGUGUUUGUGCAUCUAUUCAUCCAUUCACUUUUGUGUUUUGAUUAGAUUUCCAAAAACACCAAGAACACACACUAAGUGUUCUUGGACUUUAGCAUAUUUCAAGCUUCCUUAUAGUAAGUACUUCAAUAAUUGAGUCUUAUUGAGUUAGUAUUACAAGUUAGCAUCAAGAAAAUAUGCCAAGAAGACAUGGAAAAAGGUGUGCACGGUCCAGGAAUGUUCUUGGGCCGUAAACACCAUAUAAGGCACCAAAGUGUGCCUAAGUCAUUAAUCUAAGCCCUAGUUGGAUGUUUAAGCCUUCCUUGACAUGUUUGAACCUUCCAUUGAUGUGUUUAAGCCUUGAAAAACACCAAAUACCAACAUUUAUAGGUGUUUACGGUUUGGGGAUCUCCCAAAACCGUAAACACCCUAAAGUGUGUAUAAAUGAGUCAUUUUCCUUCCUUAGGCCUAAAAACUAGCUUAGACAACUACCUUGAUGAGUUAGGGACUUGAAAACAUGGGAAUACUCUUUUCCAUAAGGGUUUACGGUAGAAAACCCAAAGGGAAAUGACCAUGAGGCCGUAAACUUCUCUAAGGAGUGUUUUUGUUGCCCUAGUCCCUUCCAAAGUCCAACCCACUAAGUAGAAAUGCUUCAAAGGACUUGCAAACCCUCAAAACAACUUAUGGUCAAAAAGAGAGGAGUUGACAACCGUAGACUCUGAGUUUACGACCGUAAACUCAUUAGGUCAAGGUCAUGAAAACCGUAAACUCCUAGGGAGUUUACCCUUGAACCCCAAACACAAUAGCAAGGUCCUUUAGCACUUAGAUGCAAUCCUUAUGGCUUGUAGCACUUAUAUAAGGUGUUUUACAUGCCUUAGGAUGUCUUAACUUUUUCAAUUAGUGAUUUAAAGUCUUAUUGGGUACAUAUAUGUGUGAUUAUAUGUUAACUAGGAUCAUUGGGUGUGAAAAAGUCUUCACUUGUCACCUAGCUAUCCUACAUCAUUCAGUACAUCCAAACCACCAUCUACAGGUGAGUUCAUACCCCUUAAUCAAUGUUUUAAAUGAUUUUAAAUACUUUAAUGGGGGGGGGGGGGAUACAAGUAGAAAACAGUAUGUUAUUAAAUCACUCAUAUGUAUGCUAUAACUGUGUUUUCAUCAAGCAGAUUUCGUAUACUUCAAAAUGUGAUGCAUGAAAUGGUUUUCUAUCUUAAAAUACCUUGGUAACAAAAGUAUUAGUUUUGAAAUGUUUAUUAAAAUGACAUCAAGUCACUCUUAAUUAUUGUUCAAAACUCUUAGAUAUCUUACAAAACCAUUUAUACCUUCUUGAACAAAACUAUACUUAUAAACUUAUGUUCUUUUAUAUGUAUUGAUGUUAUAGUUUUCAUCAUUCAUUUAGUUUCCCACACUCUUGUGUAGCAAGGGUGUAUAAACCUACUUGAACAACCAAUUACCUUCCAGUUACUAUCAUAGGGAUAGUUAGAAGAUACAAAACAUUAUUCCUAUUACAAGGAAUUACAUCAGAGUCAGUUCAUUCAUGAUCUAUAUUAUACAUUACAUGUUACAUGAAUACGCUUACAUGAAUACAUUACAUGAGUACCUUUACGUAGAUACAUUUACCUGUAUACACUUACAUGAAUACUUGUAUCUCGAUUAACGAGGAUGAUUUAUUAGUACCUUCUGGGUAAAUUGUCCUGCCUAUCCCAGUUCAACGAGAUAUCUAGACGAGACUAACCAUUCCGAAUCCCAACUGUUAGCAACAGUGGUUGAUGAACAUCUACGGAUGCCUACGGUUAUUACUUAUACUAGGAGUACCUUUACGGGACUAACCUGUGACAACCCGAAGUUUCCAUUCUAUACAAACCAUAUCAAGCCAGUAGAAGAUUAGAACAGUUACAGAGAUUUGGCAGAGUUUAGGGUAUAAGUUUGAGUAUUACUUAAGGAGAUAUCAGGAGAGUGGAUGCACUAGGGUUUUGUGCAACACUGUUAUUUCAAAACUCUAGGAUAUUAGAGUUCAUUUCGGGAAUAAAAUAUUUUCUGCCAAAAAUCCCAGGACUAUAUAUAGAAUUCUGAACCAUAUUGAUUCAUUAGUUACAUUUCCAACUAGAGAAAAGCCGAAUUGUCUCUCAAGGAUCUUCGGACUUUCGUUCCGGAAAGUGAGUACUUGUAUCUAGUGUUGUUUUAAAGCUUCUUAUAUGCUUAAUACACUAGAAAUCAUAGGAAAACACUAAGAUCUGUGAGUUUACCCCUCAAAGCCUUGGAACUCAACCUAGAAGCUACCAUUACAUGUUUAGACCACAAAAUCAUUAAGAAUCAAUGGCUAGAAAUGAGUUCACGGCCAAGGAUGUUCUUGGGCCGUGAACUCCAUUUUUAGGUGCCAAAACACCCUAAAAUCCUUCCUUAAGCCAAGAGACUAGUUUAGACAUGUACCCUAAUGAGUUUAGGACUAGUAAACACCCUUAGAACACCAAGAGUAAGGUGUUCAUGGCCCAAGAAGUUCCAGGGCCGUGAACUCCAAACAAUAGUGCCAAAUGGUGCUAAAAACUCUUCUAAAGCCUUGUACAAUAGCCUAGUUUAGUUCCUAGUUAAAUUAGGGACUUGAAAACACCAAGAACACCCUCCCAAGGGAGAUUACGGCCGUAAUCUCCAUGGGAUAUGGUCCCAAAUGCCGUAAACUCCUAAAAGGAGUUAUAUAAUGCCCUAAACUCUUCCAUAGACCAAGCCAUUAAGUAGAAAUGCUUCUUAGGGCCUUAUAGAGCAUCAAACAUCAAAUGGUCACCUAAGUAUGAGCUUACAGCCGUAAACUCAUGAGUUUACGACCGUAAACUCAUUUGGUAGUGUCAUUAGGGCUGUGAACCUCAUGGUGGAGUUUUCCUUGAGCCCUACACACAAUAGCUUCCCCUACAAACACUUAGAUGCAAUCCUAGAGGCUAAUGACACUUGAAAAAGGUGUUUAGCAUGUCCUAGGGUGUCUUGACUUGUUUAUUAGUUGUUUAUAGACUAAUUUGUUACAUAUAUGUGAAAUUAUAUGCUAAGUAGGAUCAUAGAGUGUGUUCAAGACUUCACUUGACACCUAGCAGUCCUACCUCUUCAGUUCAUCCGUAUCACCCACAAUAGGUGAGUUGAUACCCCUUAAUCAAUGUUUUAACCGUUUUUAAAUGUUUUAUGGGGGGGGGGAUACAAGUAGAAUCAUGCUAGCUAUUAUAUCAAUCACAUGUGAUUGAUAAGCAGCAUUAAAAUGAUUGGCUACUCAUUAGCCGUUUUACCAAAUAAUUUCCUUCAAAUGAUUUUUUAUAAACACUUCGUAUGUUUAAAACUCCUUAUUAAAUGGUACAUUUUACUCUGUAUGUUCUAUUUCAAACUCAUUUACAAUUGUGUUUCCAAUAAAUGUUUAUUUAUACUUAAACUGUUUUAUUAAACCCAACUUUCAAACUGUUUUAUAGAUUGAAGUAAAGUCGAUCUUUUCUUAGAUAAUAAUUAUGAUCAAAGGUUUUAUAAAACUUAAUUUAUGCUUUUAUAUUAUAAAUUUCAUGCCUCUAUAUGUAUAGUUAUAUAAGAAACGUUUAAAAGACUUAGGAAGGCUAUCCACCCUAUUUCCUUGUCGCGCUUGAGAUGUGGUCUGGUGGGAUAUCGGGUAUCUGUCCGAAGAUUGUUUAAAUAUUAGUUAUAUAUCAUAUGUACAUAUAUAGUCAUAAAGGUCCUUCCAGUUCAUCCAAUGCCCUUGGGUAGCAAGGGUAUACAUCCAUGUCCAUACGUACUAGUUAGAUUACUAGUAAGCUACCAUAUGGGUAGUUUAGGAAGAUACUAGAACUAUUACUAGAACGCGAUAUCAUUCAAUGAGUCAGUUCAUUCAUGAAUCAAUACUUGCUAGAUAGAGAGAACAUACAAUACAGCUAGAACAUUACAGUACAUUACUAUUCUUACUAGAUAGAGAGAACAUACAAUACAGCUAGAACAUUACAGUACAUUACUAUUCUUACUAGAUAGAGAGAACAUACAUUACAGCUAGAACAUUUCAGUACAUUACAUAUACAUGAAUACGUUGACAUAAUUGUGAUCCACUAUAUCGGAGCAUGCCUUAAAUGUCAUGGCCCGAGUUGUAGCCAGAGUCUCUUGGAGGGAGAGCGUGAGUUUGGUAUAGAUCUAUACUGGAUUGACUAUCCUACACCUUGCUGCUAGCUACAGCCGGACCUGCAGGUCUGCGGGUGCCAAACGUUAUACCUUUUUACGACCUACAUUUGUCGUUGUUACCCAGUCGAUAGUAUGGUACAAUUAAUCACAUGAUGCCUUAAUAUAAAUCCGGUUUAAGGUAGUUAGUACAACAGUAGUUCCUAUGGCACUACACUACAGUACUACAUUAAUUUGCCCAUUACAUAUAUUUAGUAAUCUUUUCACUUAAACAUUAAAUGUAAAACUAUAUUUUGUUAAUGAUAGUUACACUUGGGAAAAUUACACACUUUUACAAGAAACAAACAUUUAGAACAGUCGGGUCUUGGUAGAAGACUACAUUCAGAGUAGUUAGGUCUUGGUAGAAGACUACAGUCAGAGCAGUUUGGUCUUGGUAGAAGGCUACAUUCAGAGCAGUUAGGUCUUGGUAGAAGGCACCCUUAUAUAAUAGUAGGAAUCAUAGGGAUUUCUAGGGUUUUUCAAACGUUUAUAGUUGAUUUACAAACAUUUUUAUACUUACAAUUCAUAUACAUUUUCAAUACUUACAAUUCAUAUACAUACAAAUACUUACAUACAAAUUAAGACACUAAAAUACUUAUGAUCUCACCAGCUUUAAAGCUGAUACUGUCUUUCAA